AUGGAUUACGCCAAACUUAGUAGCUAUCGACACGCCGAUCCUUUAAAAGUGCGUCAAGUUUGGGAUGCUUUUGGUGUACUUAAAUCCCACCGACUAGCAGUACCAGCAGACAAAAUUAGCAAAAUUCUUCGCAAAACAUUGGAUCUAAAAGAUGAUCAAAUAAGGUUACUCCUUGAUGAAAUUGAAGGUGAUGGAUUAAUUGAAAAAAUAGAGCCUCCGUUCGGUAAAAAUGGUAUGGUUCGUUACCAGCUUCCUGACUUUUCAAAACAGCAUCCUAGAGGCAAACAUGAUUGGUAUUGCUUCCAGUGCCAUAGACCUGGUGAAGUUUUACGCUGUCUUGAUUGUUUCCGUGUAUAUCAUUCUGAUUGUGUUCAAGAAGCAUCUGGUCCUAAUAGUCCAUCAAGAAAGUCUGUGCGUUCACCAACUCUUCAUGAUGGGCAGGAAGAUAAUUUUACUUGUCCUGUAUGCGAAUCUCGACCGAAAUGUGAAUUCUCCCGCAAGCAGAUAAGGAAGCUAUUGGAAUUUGCAACCCAUCAAUUGAGGAAGCAGCCAUUGUGGAAAACAUUUAUUCAAGUUGGGUAUAAAGGUGAAAUAACAAAAAAUGAGUACCUUGUGUAUAAGUACACUGAUCUAGAGUUAUUGCAACGCAAGAUAAAAGAUGGUCGGUAUGCUGCUUUAGAGGAAUUUUCUAUGGAUGUACAAUUGCUUGUUCAUGAUGUCUGCAUUCUUCAUGGCCCUUAUAGUAAUCAAGCCGAUGAGAUACGAUUUUUCUUUCGAUCUGUUAAUACAGAAUUAAAUGAAAUCCAAUUAUGUACUGACUGUUAUAUCAACGCUAAGGCUCGUGUUACAGACUGGAUUAGUAAACCCUGCAAACCACGUCAUGAAUUGAUAUGGGCACGCAAUCGCACAUCAGCAGGGGCUGGCUUGUUCAACGAUACUUCAGUCUCUCAAUUCUAUUGGCCUGCAAAAGUUUUGUUGGAACGCGAUGACGGAUAUGAGAUACGCUUCUUUGGAGGCUCCCAUGAGCGGAUGUUCGUAAAGAAAGCCCAUACUCGUGCUUUUCACCUCCCAGCUGAUGAAGUUGGUGUACUUCGACGUUCAAACGCGACAGGUGCGAUCUCAGGUGGAGGAUUUGAACGAGCUUGGAAUGAAGUUAGUAAAUUACAAGCUAACAUCGAUAGUGGAUAUUACACACAUUCUUCUGGUGAAAGCGAUCUUCCCCCAUCUGAUGAUGAAUACUCUGACGAAAUGUAUCUUGGUCCACGGCGUAAAACCGUCAUCCAGAGCCAACGUUCACAUCGUGCAGAUAGUCCUAGAUCGUCUCUUACUUCUGGUAAUACCAAGGCUAACAAAAGGAGGCGUCACACGUCUUCAAGCAGUCAUCAAACGACUACUAGUGAUACUCCUACUGGUGGCUCACCCACUCGUGAUGUCUCACCAUGUACUCAUGGUGGCAAGCACUUCAGAACCCAUGGUCUCUUGCUUAAUUCACACACCGAUCUUACUGACAAAAGAUUGGCGAGUAAUCGUCUUCCAAUGCCGGUUGUUCAACCCGGUACUCCGGGCGCUGCAGCUAUAUCCGCCUUAGCAGAGACAAAAGCAGCUAUGGCAGCUGCAGUUGGGUCUGGUCGUAGGCCUGCUGGAUCCUUUACUGCUGACCUCUUAUCUUUAACUCAUCGUGAGCAUGAUAAACCUUAUCGAAAACAAUCAAAAGAAAAUCAUUCAAACGUUCCGAUACGUGGUCAACGGGGUCGAGGGAGACCCCCUCUCCGAGAUAGCAAGGGAAGACCUAUUCGGCGGCGUAAAUACCGAAGUUCGUCUUCAUCAUCCCAUUCUUCAGAUAGCCCAUCUUCAUCUGUUUCAUCAGGUUCCUUGUCAGGAGUAGAUGUUCCUUGCACCGCAAAUAAUAGUUCUCAAAACAACUGGUGUUCUAAUUCCUCUACUGAUUGGAAAGUUAAAAAGACUGAAAUGCCACGUCGUGGACGUCCACCUAAAUCUAGAGGUCGUGUAAAAGCUGUUAACGAUGUUGUUCGUUCACGUUGGUGUUCACCAACAGCUGAGAGUUCAGAUGCUGAAGGCAAUUCAGAAUUGUGGACGAAAUCGGGUUCUUCAAAUGUUAUAAAACCUAGUCCAACUCGAGGACGACCGAAGUUAGCUGCCUCAAAUAGCUCUCUUAAUCGUAUUGAAGGUGCUAAAAGAAAACGGUUAACGAUUCCAAAUAAAACUUCGACUCAAGAUACAGCGAAUUCCGGAGGUAAACGUUCUAAAAGGUAUUCCAAACAAAUGGAUAGUUUUGGUAAUGUUCGAGAUGAAGAUGACGAGCUAACUGACCGAUGUGAUUCUCCCAUUGGAAACGACAGUCAGAAUUUGAGGCACUCGAAUAACUAUCGUUGGCAUUCGCAUCAUUCAUCAAGUGUUUACAACACAUCGGGUACACCUGUUUCUUCAAUGAGAAAAUCUGGAACUAAUGAUUCGAGUAUCCAUAAAACAUCACCAUCUAAGAAGGCAUCUACUGCUAAACAGCGUUCUUCUCAUUCUAGCAAUUAUAGUACAUGCUCUUCACCCUCUUCUUCUGAUAUGGAUAACAACGAUGAAAGUGGACGCAGACAUCGUAAUAUUGUCAAAGUUGACGAUGAAGAUGAUGACCGUAGAUUCCGUAGUCCAACUCGUAGUGGUUCAAGCAACAAGGAUAGAACUUCUGGAGCAAGCAGUACAAUGUUACGUCGACCACCAUUCGCUCCUCCUUUGAGUACAUCUGGAUCCAUUAGUAAUUUGAACGCUACUAAUGAUCGAAACAGUCUAUCUACUGCUACAAACUUAUUUUCUAAUACUGGCCAAAAUCUUUUUUCUCCAUGCAAUGAUUCUGUUGUUACAAUAAAUUCUUCAGUGAAUUCAGGAACUUCAUCCACUAAUAACAGACUAAGUGGUUCCGUUCAUCCUACUACAUCUAAUGCUAAUCUUUCUUCACAUUUUAUAUCUUCAGGUGCCUUGUCUAGCAAUUCAAAUAAUGUUGCCACUACUCCCGGAAUGUCUACUCUCCCACGUUCACACUUACCGCCAAAUAAACGUGCUGCUGCUGCAGCUACAGCAGCAGCUCUAAACAGAGACUCAGUUGGAGGAGGAGUAAAUGAUGUUUCAAAUGAAACUAAUCAACGUCAAGCUUCUGUGAAAAGUCCUGAAUUUUCUGUGACAUCCUCUCCGAGAAAACAACUUCAUAAAGGAAUCCAGACCCCAGCCAGUAUGGAAAUACCGAUAUUAUCUCAACAACCAUGUUCACAGUGUAAAGAACGUGAAGCAGAACGGUUGGCUGCAGCUAAUGAUACUAAAAGAGCUUUGCGAGAACUUGAAGAAAAACUCAUAGCUCAAUUUAAAGAAGAGAAAGCUACCGCUUUACAUUCAGCUCUUGAACAAGCUCAAGCCAGUGCUCGUGAGGCUAUUGAACAUGAACGUAAAUUAGCUCAUGAUACUUUGGAAGCUGCUGAGGCAAGAUUUGCAGAAGUUAUUGUUCAGACUAAACGUCGACAGUGGUGUCGUAAUUGUCUUAUAGAGGCUAUCUAUCAUUGUUGUUGGAAUACUUCGUACUGUAGUACACAAUGCCAACAGGAACAUUGGCAAAAAGAACAUAAACGUCAGUGUCGUAGAAAACGAUGA